AUGUCUCGUAUUCCUCAACCUCCCUCCUCUCGCCGCUCUCCGAGCAAAUCGUCUGUGUUUCCGGCUUCUAAGCCAACGCUAACUCCUGCAAAACCCUCCUCUUCUCCGUCUCCGUCCCCGACGCUCCGCAAACAAACUAGCACAAGAAGUAUCAAGCCAUCGAAAUCGCCAGUGCCUCCGAAGUCACCCGUGCGACGCACAGCUCCUAUCAUCGAUGAGCCUUUACCGGCUACCAAGCCGCUUCUCAGUAUAAGAGAGCAAAUUGCUUUGAAGCGCGCAGAAGCCAAGAAAGCGCAAACUAUUCCUAGAAAAGGCGUGGACGACAGUUUUGGCUUUGCGGGGCUCGACGACGCACUUCCUACGGUGAUAGACAAAAAGAAACAGGAUGAAGAUGAGGUGGACCUUGGGCGAUGGUCUGUUAAGGAGUCAAUUGAGCGUGCUCGGACUACAGGUGCUCUCAAUCUGGCUUCCCGUGCGCUUCCCUGCAUUCCUUCCGCGCUGUUUGAGAUUCACCUCGGUGUCAAACCUGAGCCUCUCAAAUCUGUACCAAAUGAGCCGCCAAUAACGACUUCAUCUAGUGAUGACGUAUCAGCGACGCGCCGGAGGGGCACGCAGAAUAACGCGCCGUCAUGGUACGAAGCACAGGAUCUGGAAGUCCUCAAGGUGUGGUCCAAUGAAAUAGUGGAGAUUCAGCCAGAAAUAUCAAUGUUUGGCUCUCUCAAGAACGUUGACCUGCAUAACAAUAGACUCUCAACUCUUCCGGAUAGCUUUGCAGACCUGACUUCACUUACCAACCUGGACCUGUCUCACAAUAGCUUUACUUCGCUCCCCGCCAACUUAUUUGCGCUUCCCAAUUUAACGACCCUCAAUCUCUCACACAAUGAACUUACUGCCCUCCCUUUUCGUGCCCCCUUUGACAUUCCUGGCGCUUCUCCACUGGCCCGAACGACUGAUCGCCGCGGCGAGUGGUUCUCACAAAGCAUAACACGUGCGACAGCUCCGCUCCCUCGACUUACUACACUAGACAUAUCGCACAAUCAUAUCUUCGCGUCUGCGAUCGAGCAUUCGCAUGUCUCAAGUUUGCCCUCUCAACUGGCUAAAUUGGACCUAUCUGUAAAUCCUCUUGGAAAUAGUGUUUCACUCUUGCAAGCCCUUGCCUGCCUUGAGCGAUUGCGCGAGUUGCGACUAGAGCAUGCAGAGAUUGGAAAUGACUCUUUCCCUGUGGACAUCCUUUCCUCCCUUGGAGACUCUUCGAUUCCCUUCCGCGUGCUAAAACUUCUCGAUCUCGGUGAGACUCAUGUCACACUACCUGCGAUCGAGGCAUCAUUUAGGCGGCCAUAUGUUCAGCAGGAAAUAGAGUUCGAGGUAACGACCGAGGAGCCGCGUGAUGGUACCCUUCAAAUCAUCCUCGGCAAACGAGUGGUAAAAGAAGCAUGGGAGGUAGAGGCUGAACGGAGGGCAAAGGCACGAGUUACAAAGCACGGCGGUGCAGGCGCAGAGGAAGGCUUGAACAUCGGUGCGCGUCCGGCUUCAGCGUCAAGAUCCGACCUAAGGACCAUGAAGGAGGUUGUUAAAGAAACAUGGGAAAUUGAAGCGGAACAAGGUAUGUUGACCGAGGGAGCGAAGAGGCGAGCGCGAGCGGCCGCCGCAGCUCAGUCGUCAGCUACUUCCUCUGGACCUCCGCCACCUUCUGCACCUGGUUCACCGCGGAAAAGGGCCGUAAUAGAAAAAGAGCCUUGGGAGAUCGAAGCAGAACAAGGGUUGUUGACGGAGGGCGCUAGGAGACGAGCGAGAGCUGCAGCUUUAGCCGCAGCCAAUCCCCAGACGAUGCACAAAGCUCCGUCUCCGACCCCUUCGGGAAAGUCUCCAUCGCCCACUCCGCUCAAUGCGAGCUCCGUGUUGUUCAACGCCAAAUUCUAUGAUUCUCAGACGCAAACACUCACGCUACCCGCUUCGAUGCCGCCUUCGAAGGCGGCGCACGCCCGCUCGUUUUCGCUGGGACCGUCAACCUGGAACUCGAACGGCGCGUCAUCGACUGCUUCAGACCUCGCGCUUGCCGUGCCUGUUCCUACUCUCCCGCUCGGCGCUAUUAUAACGCAUCCGCUCGCACAAACUCUGAAGGUUCUCUCCCUCACGAAUCGGCGCAAAGAUCCGUCGUUUAGCAUUCCAGAUGUUCAUGAUGGUAGUUUGUUCUUGCCAAAUUUAGAAGAGCUCAGUCUCGAAGGAUGUAGUAUCGCCAACUCGGUCCCCGUGGCAAGGGAAGACCCUACGGAGAACGGUGGCGACGAAUUCUCGUCGCGCGUAAGUGAAUCGCUCUUGCCUCUAAUAGCGAAGCUCUUCCCCAGUCUUCGGACGUUGGACCUUUCGUACAACGCUUUAACGUCUGCAGCACUCACCAAAGAGGCGCUGACGUCGCUCAUCUUGGCGUCGAGCCCCGAAGAGACUGAUCCGUUGUACAUGCGAAAGGGAUUGCGGCAUCUCCGUCUUCGAGGGAACCAUCUGACAGGGCUGGAAGGGUUUGAAGACAUCGCGGAUCUCUUCAAGGGUAAUAGGGACUGUGCAUCGUGGAAGCUGGAAGAAUUGGACAUUCGUGAUAACGAGAUCGGAAAAUUACCCCCAAAGCUUGGACUCCUGCCUUUGGAUGUAUUCCUCGUGGAUGGUAAUGUAUUCCGUGUGCCUCAGCGAAGGGUGUGGGAACGAGAGGGAACCAAGGGGCUGCUCAGAGAACAAUUCUGGAAACUUGGUUGGUUCUUUUAG